AUGGUCAUAACUCACUUGAUGAAUUACAGCACUCGCCUGUGGCUCGUGCUGCAAACUUCAUCUGCUAACAUCAGAUCUGGCGUAAGAUGUCUUGGCUCAGUUGUUCCUGAAUUGAAAAUUAGCGAUUUCGACGUGAAAAAUGAACCGGUGUAUAAUUACCUAAAGGGAUCCAAAGAACGGGUGGACCUUGAAAAGGCUCUAAACGAAACGGCAGCCAAAACGGAAGAUGUACCUAUAGUGAUUGGCGAUAAAGAAUAUCGAACAAAAGAUGUCCGCUAUCAGGUUAUGCCGCACAACCACAAGAAGAAACUUGCCAAAUUUUACUACGCAGACAAAGACCUCGUGAACAAGGCCAUUCAGACCGCUUGCGAAGCGCAACAGAAAUGGGACAGGGUACCCAUACCAGAGAGGUUGAGGAUUUGGGAGACGGCAGCAUCGCUGAUGGCCAAGGAAUACAGGGCGAAAUUGAAUGCCGCCACGAUGCUCGGUCAGGCUAAAACUAUUAUCCAGGCGGAGAUCGACUCUGCCGCCGAGCUUGUCGAUUUUUUCAGGUAG